AUGUCUUCCAAAGAAGGCUCUAGAGAAGAAAGGGGAGGUGCCGGAUUUGACGAGGAGUUUACCUUGCAUGCAGUGUUCCAGAAAUUACAACAAAUGUCCUUGCAGUUCAGAAAUAUGGAGGACAGAAUUGCUAGACAAGAGGUGACCUUACAAAACAUACAGGGGGGACGAGGAGGACCUCGAGCUAACCCUAAUGAAAACUUGGAAGAUGAGGAUGUAAUGGGAUUUUAUGAUGGUGAUGACGAUCGGGAUAGGCGUGUGCAAGGAGGCCCUAGGAGACCCGAUAUGGGCCAUGAGGAAGACAUGGUACACAUGGCAAUGAAGAUGGAAAGGCAACUCAAGAAGAAGGGGACUACAAGAUACACUUCCACAUCAUGGAAGCCAAAGUGGGAAGGCGGAGGAAGGAGUGAGGGAGCGAUGUCCAAAGCAAGAGUUGAACCACCAAAAGGAGGUAGAUGGGAGGAAGCCCCUAGCAAGCCCAAAGUCGAAUCCCAUCCUUCACAGAAUAGGGACAUCAAGUGCUUCAAGUGA